CCCCACGACGUAUAAGAGGUGUACACGCGGGGUUUCUCAAGGAUUCCCCCCCUCUUUCCAAGCUUCCCAUCCAUCUCAAGCUCCAGCAUUUAUCAGUAAGCACAGUGAAUAACGAUUAUUAACCCCGAUUUUCGCAAGUGCGCGGUUUCGCACCCCAAUUCACUGACCUCAUCACCUGUUAAUCGCUCCUGAUUCCAUCUUUCUUGCUAUUGCGACUUUGGCCAGAGAGACUCACCCAGUCUAGGACAAGAUGGCAUCAGAUCUGCAUUCUGCCUCAUCCGCAAUGGAGCUCAAGGACAAUACCGUUAUUAUUGUCCUUGGCGCCUCUGGCGACCUCGCAAAGAAGAAGACGUAUCCGGCUCUGUUCGGUCUCUACCGGAACCAGUUCCUGCCAAAGGACAUCAAGAUCGUCGGAUAUGCCAGGACUAAGAUGGACCAUGCCGAAUACCUCCGAAGGAUCAGGUCGUACAUCAAGACGCCGACCAAGGACAUCGAGCAGCAGCUCGACGACUUCUGCUCCCUUUGCACCUAUGUUUCCGGCCAAUACGAUCGGGAUGAUUCUUUCCAGCAACUCAACCGGCAUCUCGAGGACUUGGAGAAGGGCCGCAAAGAGGCGAACAGGCUCUUCUACAUGGCCCUGCCGCCAAGCGUCUUCACCAUCGUUUCCCAGCAUCUCAAGAAAUGCUGCUACCCCACCAAGGGCAUCGCUCGAGUGAUUGUCGAGAAGCCAUUCGGCAAGGACCUGGCGAGUUCGCGAGAGCUGCAGAAGUCCCUCGAGCCAGACUGGAAGGAGGACGAGCUCUUCAGGAUCGACCACUACCUCGGCAAGGAGAUGGUAAAGAACAUCCUCGUUCUCCGUUUUGGCAACUCGUUUUUGGGGGCGACAUGGAACAGGCAUCACAUCGACAAUGUGCAGAUCUCGUUCAAGGAGCCAUUCGGUACCGAAGGUCGCGGCGGCUACUUUGACGAGUUUGGCAUCAUUCGGGACGUCAUGCAAAACCAUCUUCUCCAAGUCCUCACGCUCCUCGCCAUGGAGCGGCCCAUCUCAUUCUCGUCCGAGGACAUCCGCGAUGAGAAGGUCCGAGUUCUCCGCGCCAUCCCCGCCAUCGAGCCCAAGAAUGUCAUCAUCGGCCAGUAUGGCAGGUCUCUCGACGGCAGCAAGCCAUCGUACAAGGAAGACGAUACAGUGCCUAAAGACUCGAGGUGCCCGACCUUCUGCGCGCUUGUCGCCUACAUUAAGAACGAGCGGUGGGAUGGUGUGCCCUUCAUCAUGAAGGCGGGCAAGGCCCUGAACGAGCAGAAGACGGAAAUCCGAGUCCAGUUCAAGGAUGUCACCUCGGGAAUAUUUAAGGAUAUUCCCCGGAACGAGCUCGUCAUGCGCAUCCAGCCCAAUGAGAGCGUCUACAUCAAGAUGAACUCCAAGCUUCCUGGGCUCAGCAUGCAGACAGUGGUCACAGAGCUCGACCUCACCUACCGAAGACGGUUCUCGGACCUCAAGAUUCCCGAGGCUUACGAAUCCCUGAUCCUGGAUUGCUUGAAGGGUGACCACUCCAACUUCGUUCGAGACGACGAGCUUGAUGCCAGCUGGAGGAUCUUCACCCCCUUGCUUCAUUACCUGGAUGAUAACAAGGAGAUCAUCCCGAUGGAGUACCCAUACGGCUCUCGCGGCCCUGCCGUGUUGGAUGAUUUCACUGCGUCUUACGGAUACAGGUUCAGUGACGCAGCAGGGUAUCAGUGGCCGACUACGUCGGCGGCACCCCAGCCGAACAAGUUGUAAGUCGCUGGACAUGACGGUGCUGCCUUUAGUCGAGCGUCUCGACCAGCCCUACGGGCACUUUCUCGGCACUUUCUCCCGCGACGCCUAUCUUCUUACCAUGACGGAACGAGCUGUAGGAGGACAAAAUGGUCCCAUCGAUAUUACAUCUCUUGAAGCGGCCUAUCUGUCAAGAAAGGGAUAUAGGGUUAGGACCUUUCAACAUCGGACAUGGCCAUUGAAAAGCGUCGUUACGGCAUGUUUAGGUAGUUGAAGGAAUAGAAAAGUCAGGCAAUGCAAUCCGGAUACUCUGCCUAGUUUGGAAUGUGAAGGAUGGAUGAUGACCUUAUGUAUUCAACGGAACUUGCAUCAUGAAUUGGAAUCGUACGUGAUUAUCUGGCCGAGGGCCUAUUUUGCAUAACAGUAAAUGCCGUGUUUCUGG